AUGUCCUGCGCGUUUUACCUUCCCGAGUGCACCCACGGCGCGCUCUUCCAGCCCACGUAUGUGCGAUGCCAGAAAUCCCAAGGCCAAAAGAUUCUGCGCUGCUUCCCGCACUGCUGCCCCCACCACAUCCACUACCGGAACUGUGGAACGGCCAUUUGUCUGGCGGUGCAGCCACGGUCCCAACUCGCGUCGUUACGUGCCGUGCUCGCGUUUACGACCGCCACCGACGAUGUCUUUGCGCUCCACGAAGUCGUCCCCAGUAGCUACUUCGAGGCCCACACCCGGUCGCGGUCCAAUAUAUUUGGCACGCUCUACGAAGGCCUCCGGCUGCCGUCGCUCGACACCGUGCGGCAUUUUCGCUUUGAUGAAAAACUCGUCGAUGGCUGGCACUAUGCAUGGAAGAGCGGCCGCAGCAAGGCCCAGCGGGACCUUCCCCACGUGCUUCGGGCAUACGUCUUUGAAGCCGCCCCAUCUAGCGACAACGAGUGGGUCCUCAUUGCGUCGGUUGCGUCAACGCCGUUUACGAUCGUGUCGUAUCGCGGGGAGCACAACAAGAAGAAGCGAGAACAGCUCCAGAGCGAAGACUUUGCGCCGCCCAGCACGAGUUCGGACCACUUGAUGGCCAUCUUGUCGAGUCUGCCGUCCAUCUCGUUGGAAACGACGCCACCGCCACUCCUCGAGUGGCUCCGCGCCCACGUGCCGCUACCUUUGCCCGUCGCGUCGUGGGGCAUGGAUGUCUUCGAGCGCAUGAACGACGUCUUGGUCGCCAACGCCGCCGCGGUCCUCGACAAGACCGACCUCCAGCGCGUCUACUACGAGUGCCUCAUGGAGCAAGUGCUCUUUCCGAUCCUGGAGGCGGUGCUGGACCAGCACCACGUCUCGGCAGUCGAGGUCGCGAGUACACUGCCACGCAACACCAAGAGCAACGACCACCAUUUCUUUGGCCGGUUUGUGGCGCAGAUGCGCGAGUCGUACAUUUUGACACAGACGCUGGCGCCGACGCGCUUCCGUAGUCCGAGCGCCGGCAGCGCUAUGGAUGGCACGUGGGUGUGGCAACAAGAAGCCACCGUCGUGCCCCACUGGGCGCUCUCGACGUCCCUCGUACACUACCUCUGCUUUCUCGACAACAUGUCGUCGUUCCAGCAGCGCUUCUCGACCCCAACGCUGCAUAUGCGGUCCAUGUCGCCUCGGUUCAGCACCGUGCCCUCCGAGUUUGUGUGCGACGCCAGCCCCCGCAGCCUGCGCGUGCUUCCGACCGGCGAGUCGUGCUUGGCCGACCUCGUCGUCGACUACGUUGGGUACUUGGGGCCGCACGGAGACGUGACGCUCGCGCUGUAUCUUUUGCAGCGCAAUGCAAACAUGUGCCUUCGCGCCGAGGUCCACAUCGCGCCUCGAGAUGGUCAGACAUUACUGUACACAGUGCGCGUGCACCGGGCCAAUGCCCCGUCGCCCGUCGACGACGCCUUCUUCGAUGCCGACGCGUCGACGCGCGUCACAAUGUACCAAGCGCAGUGGCCGCUCGCGCCUGUCGCUUCAUUGCACAUGACGUACACUCGCGCAGCGUGA